AUGGUUCGCACCAAACUCAUAUACGGCAGAGGCUACCCGCUGCAGAGCGGGGAAGAUGUCCUGUCCAUCCAGAUUAUCAUCAUGCAGACUGGUGUUGACUUCUUGCUCUAUGGUGUUCAAUCUGCCCUGUUUCUGGCCGCGCUCGUCGCGAUGGCACGCCAAGACACCCGCAUCCUAUUCAUGAGGGCAGCCGUCUUCAGCCUUUUCCUCUCGUCCAGUGUGGUAGCCGCCGCGAACAUCGUGUUCUAUCUCGCCCAAACACCGUCGUUUGGAUAUGAUCUCGAUCGUAUCUACAAUCUUCUACUCGCGCUGAAUAUCGUAACAGACGUUUUUCCUCGGUUCAAUUUUGUUCUCAGCGACGCCAUUGUGGCGUGGCGCGCGUGGGUCUUAUGGCCUGACAAUCGCUGGGUCAAGAGUUCGCUGAUUCUCUGUGUAAUCGGGAGUCUGGCCGGUGUGACUGUAGACUGUGUUUGGACGGCUCAGGAUGUGAUGGGCGAGAACAGCGUUCGGCUUCGCGCGCUGAUGGUCACGAUGCCGUUGCUUCUAACGAACGUUGUGGCGACCGCGUUAGUCGCCGCCAAAGUUUGGUAUUAUCGUCGGGAGAUCAAGAGCGUCAUAGGGUCCUGGAGGAAGACAUCACAAGUUGAGAAGGUGCUCGUGCUUCUGCUUGAAUCAGGAUGUGUAUACUGUCUGAUAUGGGUUGUCCGGCUCUCGAUAGACCUGGCGUCAGGGACGGGCAAGACCAUCCAUGGCUAUUCCAUCAUAGGCGGCACUUACCAUAGUAUUGCGGGCAUCUAUCCUACCCUUAUCGUCAUUGCCGUCGCGUGCCAGCGCUCUGCUACACAAGAUCUCGCCCUCAGCACGCAAGCGCUGCCGCCUUUAGAGUUCCUCAAAGCCGAGGAUGAUCCCACAAGCUCUUUGCGCGUUGGUGCCUCGUCGGCUGGCUCUCUGCUGAUGGCGACCAGCACGCCUCCAUACUUCAGGCUGCAGCCUACGGACGUGUUCUUCUUCCAGGCAGCCCUUGUUGAAAUAGGCGUCGGGACUGCUUUCUUUGGCAUCCAGCUCGCUUUGUUCGUGGCCGCCAUGUUCGUUUCCAUGACACACGAGAGGAAUCGGUCGCAGCGUAUCAUUACGCUAGCCCUUGUUAUUUUGUUCCUCUUUUCGUUGGCGGCGGUCGUCCUGGACAUCAUGUUCUAUUUCCUCCAAACACCGACCUUCACCUACAACCUGGAUAGCAUACUAAGCGUGCUAUUCGGCAUUGAUAUUGCCUUGCAGGCCUGCACACGUAUCAACCUACUACUGAGCGAUGCCGUGGUGGUCUGGCGGGCGUACUAUCGUCGCGAGAUCAAGAACCUGAUGGGGCCAUGGCGAAAGACUACUCGAGUUGAACGGGUUCUUGUCUUGCUCCUCGAGUCUGGGUUCGGAUACUGCUUCAUCUGGGCCGGCAGUAUUGCCCUCGAUCGCUCCAAGACAACGGAUGAGAAUCUAGCUGCAUCCCGCGCUCUGGGCACCACAUACCAUAGCAUUGCUGGAAUAUAUCCUACACUCAUCGUCCUCAUUGUUGGUAUGCAGCGCUCUGCCGCAUCCUCUCUGAUGCUUAGUACACAAGUCUCGCGCUCAAUGGCGUUCGUGGCGGGGUCGCCAGGGGAUCCCAUGUACAAGGAGAACGAGGCACAUAAUACAAGUGAACUGACGACGACAGGCACGUCCUCAAGCUCAUCAGACAGGCCUUCAUGUAGCUCUCACGACCAUCCUGAAUACCGUACCGAGGGCGAUCCACCUUCUGCCACUCAGUCCGAUUCAAGGCGAAUCGCCGUCAACAUGGUCAGCCAGUAAAGCGGGUACACAUCUCGCACAGUCAAUUAUUAGAGUGUAGUGUACGACAAACAAUACAUAUCAUGAGCACACAAAUGGAGACAUGCAUGUAGAUGCGACCUUCACACCGUACGGGCGUCUACUCGGGUCGAGCUUUCGAGCUUCGCGGGCCUGGGACUAGAGGCCUGUUGCCCUUCCACCCAUUCCACUACGUCCUCAACGGCGGCCUUGGGCCGGUU